UUUUUUGUUCUUGUUAUCUUUAGGUUCCCAGGGAAUGGCUUUAUGCUUUUAGUCCUGUAAGAAUGCACAGCUACCUGAAGAAAUGCCACCAAACGAGUAGAUCUGACUUCAUUGAUGAAAGGAAACCUGAAUGGUUUAAAAUAGACCGUGUGAUUUCUUGUAGGAGAAAGUGUGACUCAGACAAACCUUUUGAAAUUUUGGACAUAGGAUCAAUGAACCAAGAAAAUGGGGAUCUCGAAUUUCUUGUGAAAUGGAUGGGCCUUGAUUAUUGUGAUUCAACAUGGGAAUCAUCUUGUAGUGAAGAAUUAUCGCCUGAAGUUAGUAGGUUAAUCCAGAGACACCAAAGAGCUACAGAAAGAGUUGAUAAUUCUUCCACAUCUUCUGGUAGCGAAGCACUAAACAAGAUUCCUAAUGAGCUGUAUGGAGGUGUUCUAUAUGACUAUCAACUUCAAGGACAGAGCUGGAUUCUUAACAACUUUAAGGCGAGGAGAAAUGUUAUCCUUGCAGAUGAAAUGGGACUAGGGAAAACUAUUCAGGUUGUUUCUUUUAUUCGGUGCAUGAAGCAAGAGAAGCUCAAUAUUGAUCCUAUUCUAAUAAUUGCUCCGAAGAGUAUUCUCUUUCAGUGGGAGAAGGAGUUUCGCAAUUGGGCUAAGGAUCUGAAUGUGAUUAUUUAUCAAGGCGAAAAGCAGUCCCGUCGAUGCAUCCGGACACAUGAGAUGUACGCAUCUGGGAAAUAUGUUCUUUUUGAUGCUUUGAUUACAAACUACGAGCUUGUGAUUUUGGAUAUGAGCACACUGAGGAAGUUUAGAUGGUCGGCGAUUGUUAUUGAUGAGGCUCACAAAAUCAAACGACUUGAUUGCAAGCUUGCUAGCUGCCUCAAACAAUACAGUUCUGAUUUCCGGUUACUGUUGACUGGAACUCCUCUACAAAACACGUUGCUGGAACUUUUUGUGCUGCUGAACUAUAUUGAUCCUGAGAGAUUCUCUGACCCAGAGGCUGAAGCUGAAUCUUAUAAAAGCAUCAAAAGUUUAAGUCCUCCAGACAUAGAGAAGAAAAUUGCUGAAAUUCACGAACUAUUGAGACCAAGGAUGUUGAGACGAAUGAAAUCUGAUGUUCUUCCUGGGUCUAUUCCAGUGAAAAAGUGGGUCGAAGUUCCAUGUGCAUUAACUGAUUAUCAGAGGGAACUCUACAUAAAUAUUUUGGAGAAAAAUCAUGAAAAGUUGAGCAUGCAAAUUCAAAAUGGGAGAAAAAGUACUUUGAAGUUCAUUCUUAUGGAACUAAAGAAGUGCUGUAACCAUCCAUAUCUUUUCCCGGGAAUGGAACCGUGUUUAUCAUCAGAAGACACUAUCUUUUCAUCAUUAGUUUCAGCAUCUGGAAAGCUUCAACUCCUAGAGAAGUUGCUGCCUAGACUGAAAUACAGAGGGAAUCGUGUUCUACUUUUUUCUCAAAUGGUCAAAAUGCUUGAUAUUUUGGAGGACUUCCUGAUGUUUCUUGGUAUGUCAUACUUCAGGAUUGAUGGAAGUACACCUAUUGCUGCAAGACAGGAGCAAAUGAGAGAUUUUAAUGAUCCCAAUAGUCAAGUCUUUGUCUUCCUCAUCUCAACACGUGCAGGUGGUCUAGGUAUUGAUUUGCCGACUGCUGAUAGGGUGAUUAUAUAUGAUCCAGAUUUUAAUCCCUUCAACGAUUUGCAAGCCCAGUCCAGGGCUCACCGGAUUGGUCAAACCCGACCUGUGGUUGUUUAUCAGCUUAUAACAAAGUGCUCCGUAGAGGUUAAAAUACUUCAGAAAUCUAAAGAGAAGUUAGCAAUAGAGAACUUAGUAAUGAAUCCUUCCAAGAUACCAAGUGUCAGUGAAUUGCAUUCAGUACUGCUUCAUGGUGCUCGUACAAUCCUAAAUAAGGAAAACAUAAAAGCCACCACGAUCCAUUACGAUGAUAAAGCCAUAGAUGCUCUUCUUAAGCUAGACCCAGAACCUGGUGGUAAUUGCAGCCCUGACGACAAUGGGUAUUUGGGCAGCAUCCAAAAUUUUGUUACUGAAGAUGAUGAAAAUGGAAAACUUUCAUCUCCGAAAGCUAAGGAAUGGGAAAAUAUCCUUGGACCUGUAGAAGAUGCAAAGGAAGAGGAUGGAAAUCUUGGCAGGGGGAAGAGGCAGAAGAAGAAAGAGGUCAAUUACGAAUGUGAAGAAUCUGAUAGCGAUGAUAUAUACUCGCCAGAGAGUUCGUCCUCUAGUGAUAGCGAUGACUCUGAUUUUGAAGCAGCCUAUGAUGAAAUGUAAUCGUGACCUAUCUUUUUUGUAGAGUUUCUUUUGGUUACAGGUGAAAAUUGUGACUUCAAAGUGUCACCUGUAUGCUCUUAUCUGGCCAAUUUUGUAGAUACUAAUUGUUUUUUGUGGCCAAUUUUCUAUAGCAUUGUGCUUUAAAGAAUCAUGUUCAAGUAUAACCAGUAUUUUGUCGAGUUUGUACAUCGGAUAAAUUAGGGUCUGCAUCUGGGCUUCAUAUAUUGUAUAUGCUCAUAAGUCUCUUUAAA